UCAUAGCCCGGUUAAACUCCUCCUACAAACUGUUUUUGUUUGGCAACAAUCGGAGCCGCAGUGACCCAGGUAUCGAUUGUUCUCGCUGAGCAGCUCUUUUAAACCGAACCGGUCCUGAACCACGUUCUCCUCCCCGGGAAACGAGCGGCUCUAACAUGGCGGCGGGAUCAUUACGCAUCUCCCUGCUGGUGCUGGCGGCCUGGGCCGCGGCUCUGAGCGCGGUGCUGGGUCUGGGCGAGGACCUGGACCGGCCUCUGUUCGGUCCCCCCGGAUCUCCCAUCCAUCUGAGAGAGAGCGACCCCGGUUUGAAGAGAGUUCUCAAGUUCGCCGAAGAACGCUACAACCUGGGCUCCAACGCUAUGCACCUCCGCAAAGUCAGCCGGCUGGUCUCCGCCACCAAACAGCUGGUAAAGGGGAUCCGCUACACGAUGACUGUUGAGCUGAGCAACACUCAGUGCAAGAAAUCCACCAUGCUGAGGACAUGUGACUUCUAUCCCGAGUCAGAGAAACUCAAGACGGAGGUUUGUGUGUUUGAAGUCUGGGACAUUCCCUGGCAAGGCAGCACCACGAUGAUCAAACAGAAAUGCCAGCCAAAAGAUGAGCCCCAAGAGACCAACAAGAUGGAGAGUCUGACCAGCAGCCAGCCCGUGGAGGAGUCUGUGCAGCUGCUGGGCCAGUUUAAAGAGUUCAUGGUGAAAUACAACAAAGUCUACAGCAGCCAGGAGGAGGCUGACCGACGACUGAAAACCUUCCACGAGAAUCUGAAAACGGCUGAGAAGCUGCAGGCUCUUGAUCAGGGCUCAGCCGAGUACGGCGUCACGAAGUUCAGCGACCUGAGCGAGGAGGAAUUCCGCACCACCUAUCUGAAUCCCAUGCUGAGUCAGUGGACUCUUCAGAGGCCACUGAAACCAGCCACCGCGGCCAGAAGCCCCGCCCCCGACAGCUGGGAUUGGAGGGAUCACGGGGCUGUGAGUCAGGUUAAGAACCAGGGAAUGUGCGGCUCCUGCUGGGCCUUCUCUGUCACCGGCAACAUCGAGGGCCAGUGGUUCCUGAAAAAUGGAAAGUUGCUGUCUCUCUCUGAGCAAGAGCUGGUGGACUGCGACGGGCUGGACCACGCAUGCAAAGGUGGGCUGCCGUCCAACGCUUAUGAGGCCAUCGAGAAGUUGGGCGGACUGGAGUCAGAGACGGACUACUCCUACACCGGGAAGAAGCAGCAGUGCGACUUCCUCAGCAGGAAAGUGGCGGCCUACAUCAACAGCUCGGUGGAGAUUUCCCAGGACGAGCGUGAGAUCGCUGCCUGGCUGGCUGAGAACGGGCCGGUGUCUGUUGCUCUCAACGCUUUCGCCAUGCAGUUCUACAGAAAGGGAAUCUCUCACCCCUUCAAGAUCUUCUGUAACCCCUGGAUGAUCGACCACGCCGUGCUGCUGGUGGGAUACGGGGAGCGUAUUGGAAUUCCGUUCUGGGCCAUCAAGAACAGCUGGGGGGAGGAUUACGGAGAGCAGGGCUACUACUACCUGUACAGAGGGGCCAACGCGUGCGGCGUCAACAAGAUGUGCUCAUCUGCUGUUGUCAACUGAAACACUUCCACCUGCUUCGCUCACUUCUGCAUCACUCAGCGAGCGACAAACUUCUAGAUGUUACUUUGCGUCACUUUGUUUCAGUCCAGUGUUACUUUCCUGAUCCUCCUCCCUCUCCAUCCAAGCACUAACAACACUAGUUCUGCCAAACUGCUGACAUUGUUGAGCUGUUUUAGAUUUGUGUUUUUAUCUGCAGGCCGAUAAUGGCAUUUUAAACAGUGAGACUGCUGUGCAAAUUAGCGCUCUGUAUUCUGGUUUUAGCAGGUCACAUUUUGAAUACCAGAAUAUUGUGGAAAGCUGUGAGAAUUUUGAAUAAAGCUGAAUUGUUACCAUU